AUAUGAAUAUAUGUGCAUGCGUACAUGUUUUUAUAUAUAUAUAUAUAUAUAUAUAAUACAUGCUUAUAUAUAUACGUGUAUAUGUAAGAAAAUUAAUGAAACGUGGUAUACACACAUGCGUACGUAAAUAUACAUACACAUGAAAAUCAGUGAAGCAUGCUAUGCUGUAUGUAGUAUAUAUAUAUAUAUAUACAUAUGUGUGUGUGUGUGUAUGCAUGCAUUAAAUCGUACACAAUUAUUUGUGAUUUAUAGAUUCAAUGCAUUAAAUAAUUUGCGUACCAAACUACUUGUAGUCAGAGGGAAUAUAUUAUUUGAUUUAAAAUUUACUGCAAUAUUUUUACGUCUUCUUAUCAAAUUUCUUACUAAAACAACAUAAUACUGAUCCAGCGAUUAUUUACUGCAAUAUUAACAAUUGCCUCACAUAAACCAUACCCUUUUUGUUAUUUUUUAAUCCUCGCCAAACGAAAUUUCAUAAUAAUUUUGUUUAAUAAUAAUUGUAGUACUUAAGUUUCUGUGUUGAAACCUAAACAAACGUGAAACAGCUAAGCAGAUCUAGAGAUAAUUAAUAAAAAAUGUUUCCUAGCUCAUAUAGUCUAAUAGUCGCAACAUUAAAUUAUUAAUUACGUUAUGAAAAAUGUUAUUAAUCAGAUGAGUAACUUAACCUCUGUGUGUGUGUGUUUUAAUCCAGGGUUAGCGUAAAAGUAGUUUCUAAUUUAGGAUUAGAAUAUAGUAAUUUUGAGGGAAUGAGGCUGGCCGAAACCAUUGAUCUCAGUACCUGACAAGUAAUGAAAAGCAGAGUUAGCCCGGGCGGGAUUGGAACUCAAAAGGUAAAAUGUCAGAAAAUAAGGCAGUGCAUAGCAUAUUAACAAGGAAUUUCGAUAGUACUUCAUCAUAUCGGCCUCGUAAGGAUGAAAGGUAAAGUUGAUUGCAGUGGAAUUUGGACUCAAAACUUUAAAAACCGAAAUAAGUGCCCCUUAGCAUAUAAUGAUAAUAGCUUCUGAUUUAAGCACAAGGGCAGGAAUUUGGAGGGGACAGGAUAAGUGAAUACCAUCGCCUUCAGUAUUUUGCAGGUACUUCAUUUUAUCAAGUCCGGAAGAAGGAAGGGCAAAAUUGAGCACGGCGGGAUUUGAACGCAGAACGAAAAGAGGAGCCGGAAGAAAUACCGCAUUGCAUUUUGUUCGAUGCGCUAUCGAUUCUGGAUCUUCCCCACCCUCUUACAAGUGUUUAUUGCUUGCCUUCUCUCUAAGUCGUUAAUUCCGAUAUAUUUAUAUAUAACUGUAAACUAUGGCUUAUGUGUUUGGUUUAAUUAAAACAGCCACCAAAUGAAACUAGAUCUUCCUUAGAACAUCAGUAAACCUUAGUUAUAACAAACAAUAUUGAUUUGUUAGUGUUUAGCCAAAGGCUGACCUUGAUCAACAGCAAAGUGACUACAAGUGUUUCCACCAUGACCAAUCUAUCUCGUCUUUCAUGCAUUUUUGUCUAACAUUUACAUCCUAUAUAUAUCCAUAUGAAACUAAUAUCUUUAGUUUUUCACUGAAGCACUGGAUAUAACCGGAAAACUUGGAUGAUAACAUCCCUUUAAGAGGAUUUGAUGUUAUUAUAUAAAUAUAUAAGACUGUUGUUCGGUGUCAUUUAAGCAAAUUGUGGCUCCUGUUUUUAGUAGCCACUACGACCAUUUAAAGGCUUCUCAAUUGAUUUACUUUGAUUAGAUACAAGGUGCAUUCUUCUUUAUAGAACAGAAGCAUAACUAAUUUAAAUCGGUCCAGUAUAUAUAUAAUCUGCCUAUAUAUAUAGGCAGAUAUUUUAUCGACUCGUGAACUUUCUAGAAGAUUCUUCAGAAGAGUCAUGAACAGAAAAAAUAUUUUGUCAGUUGGUAUCAGUGGGGCAACAAACAGUGGGAAGUCUUCUUUGACAAAGAAACUUGCAGAAUAUUUUCCUAAUUCAACCAGUUUCUGUCAAGAUGAUUGCUUUAGAGAAGUCGGUUCUAAAAACCUGGAGCUAAUUCCAGAACUGAACUGUUACAACUGGGAUGUUCUUUCAGCUCUAGAUACUGAUAAAAUGGUCACUGAUAUCAACCAACAAGCUUCUUCAUUAGCACAGACAGACAAAACAGUGCACCUCCUUCUGGUAGAUGGAUUUCUUAUAUUUAACCAUAGACCCCUGAGUGAAAUGUUCGACAGGAAAUAUUUCCUCACUGUCUCAAAAGAUGUCUGUAUGGAAAGAAGAAGCAUUCGUGUUUAUGAUCCUCCUGAUUGUGAUGGAUACUUUGAAAAAAUAGCAUGGCCCUCUUAUCUUAAAAACUUGGAAGCGAUUUCAGAUCAAAAAGAUAUUGUUUACCAUAACAGUGAUUCUAAUUUCCUACAAAUAUUUGAAACAAUUAAAGACGACAUCACUAAUUUACUAAAGACGAAAGAAAGAGAUCUUUGUUGACAGUUCACAAUUAUAAGAAACCUAUUUAAAGUUCUCUAGAUUUUUUUUUUGUCCUAACUUUUCAAACAUUGUUAGUUUUUUAAACUGAAUAAUUUCCAUCUUUUUUACACUUUAACCAGUUUUUGUAUUAAAAAUCUUUCAUACAAACUUCAUCAUCAUCCUUUUAUAGCCAUCUUUGAUGCUGGCAUAGGUUGGAUGGUUCAACAGAUCCAGCAGAACAGAAGGCCACAUUUUUCUCCAAUAUCUCAAAUUCUGACAUGGUUUCUAUCACCAACCACUUUACAGAUAGCAACCAAGUGCUAUUUGAAAGGCACCAGCACUAGUGAGGUUGUCUUGCUGUAAGUAAGACUAAACAGACCACCUUUCAAUCCUGCAUUAUCUCAGCUCAGUUUGACAACCACUUUACAGAGUGGACUGGUUGAGGUUGACUUGUAACUAGCAAAAGCCUCCAAGACUUAAAUGUUUCAAAUCUGGAGGUGGGAGGGGCAGUUGUUUUGUUUUAGUUUAAUUUAUUAUUUUUAAAAUUAACUUUUCGUUUUUUUUUUUCUCUCUCUAGUUUUUAAAACCAUGUUUCACAAUACAAAAAUAAAGAAAUUUAAGUCUGUAACCUAA